AGGAGGCUCACCACGGUAAACGAUGCCAAAUGUACAUGAAGAGGACGAAUGCAACACCGCAUUAACAGAACAUUGGUGAAUAGUCUUUAAUGUUUAGUCUUCCGUAUCAUCCAGCGCGAGACUCACAGGCUCUGGGUUCAAGCAUUCGGGAGCGCACUGGAGAGGCACUCGGAGUGGUUACGUUCAACUCGCAUGCGUGGAUAAAAUACCUCUACAUAGACCAACACAUUUGUUUUGAAACAAACAGAACGUAUCUUGUAAGAUGAUCUGGUUAUUGUUUGUCCUCAUUUGUGCAACCGGCUUGCUGUCGCAUUCCACCCAGGUGGCUACCAUCUAUCCUCAAGACCCUGCACUUCUCAUUGGCUCCAGCCUGACAGCCACAUGCUCAGUGAAUCCAGAACAUGGAGUGCAUGCAGGUUCACUCUACUGGACGCUGAACGGGAAGCGUCUUCCAAGCAGUACCUAUAGCAUCUUGAGCCCCACUGUGCUCAGUGUUACCCUGCCUCGGCUCUCCGGGUCCCGCCAACGCUCCGGAGACAACCUUGUGUGCCAUAACAGUGGGGGUCAUGUGCUGGCCGGCUCCUGCAUCUAUGUUGGCAUGCCUCCUCAGAAACCUGUGAACCUUACCUGCUGGUCCAGGAACACCAAAGACCUUACCUGUAAAUGGGCCCCUGGCGGCCAGGGGGAAACAUUCAUCAAGACAAAAUACACUCUCAAAUAUAAGUUCAGGUGGUAUGGCCGAGAAAAGGAGUGUGAAGACUACAACGUUGGCGAUCCGUACACGUGCUACAUCCCCCGUGACCUCGCCCUUUUCACGCCCUACGAAAUAUGGGUGGAGGCCUCUAACCAACUCGGAUCCGCCACGUCUGACGUCAUAAACUUGGAUAUCCUAGACGUGGUGACAACAGAUCCACCGACUGACGUGACAGUGAGUCGAGUGGGCAACCUGGAGGACCAGCUUACUGUGCAAUGGGGAACACCGCCUGCACUCAAGGACUUCCUCUUUCAGGCCAAAUAUCAGAUCAGAUACAGACUGGAGGACAGCAGCGACUGGAAGGUGGUGGAUGAUGUCGGGAAUCAGACUUCCUGUAGAUUGGCAGGUUUGAGGCCUGGCACAGUGUAUUUUGUGCAGGUGCGCUGUAAUCCGGUGGGGAUUCUUGGGUCUAGGAAAGCGGGCAUAUGGAGUGACUGGAGUCACCCGACUGCAGCCUCAACACCACACAGUGAGCGGCUGCUGACCGGGUCAUGUGACUCAAAGGCAGGGGAGCAGAACUCCACAUUGCGGCGGGACUUGAAGCAGUUCUUCGGCUGGGUGCGCAAACAUGCCUACGGUUGCAGCGGUAUGAGUAUCAAACUUUAUGAUCAGUGGCGGGUCUGGCUCCAGAAAUCUCACAAAACCCGCAACCAGGUAGGUUCUUCAAGGAGAUAAAUCAUAGCAUGUCGCUUCUAACAGGCAGAACACUUUUACAACAACAGCACACUGUGGAAGAACUCACAUUUUCCAGACUUCUGCUUGGCUCAGUGCAAGAAAUUUAAUGGACAGCUGGACUCAAAAUGGAAUGUUCAAACAGCAAAGAGUGAUGGGCAUUUGGUCCCUUGGACACAGUCUAAAUUGUGCAGUUUUCAAAAAUGCCUUAUAAUAGAGAAAUAAAACACUUAACCAUCUUUCUUUGAUAAUCGCCAUGGAGACCAAAUGGAUUAUAUCCUCGCAACACUUUUUCAGAGGAGACAAGUUCUUGACCGUGUUUGCAACAAUUUCACAUAAUUUGCACAUUUAUUCUGAGGAUGACGACGCUUAGCUGACGUGACACAUGGUCAGUGCGUGGACCCUUGACAUUUUUAUGUAGUUUCUGUCAACUGCUAACUUCAACUGAUCUGUAUGCUCAAGAGAGGUUCCUCACGGACAAUUGAAAAAUGUCGGAAAUCUUCUCAACUAACGUUUUGUGUAACUUCAAGGGAACUGGAAGAAACGUAAUGUAAUAGACCAUUUAGUCUUACCAAAUGUAUCUUUCACAAAUGUUCUAGUGUUACAAUUGUGACUGUACUACAGCGGUUUACAUAAAACAAUCGACAGGUAUACCUCACAGUCUGAAACAUCUUGCAUUCAAGUAAUCUGUACAUGCCAUAAAGCACACGCUCUACCACGCAAUACUCGAUAUAUCAAUUCUUGGAACUAAGAGUGUUGCCAUUGUCAUUGCCAUUUCUAAUUUUCUGAAGUCGUAAAGGAGGACACACUAAAACACUACAUCCAGGACAAAGUUGGAACUCCAGCGUGAACUUAAAAGAUGGUCAUUUAAGGAACAAAGAGGAUAGUUUCGGCCAACAAAUGUUCUCUCUUGUGUUUUUAUAUGUUGCAGUUGAAAUGCAAAACUGUAACUGUGUUUGUAGCAUUGAACUAUUUGAAAAUAAUUUUAUUUUACUGCUUUUAUUUUUGUACUGAAUUGUAUCCGCAUAUUUAAAUUUAAGGUUAUGUUUUGACUCUUAAGUUAUGUGUAGGUAGAUUAUAUUAUUAUUGACUGAAUUGUAAAACCUGAAUAUUGUUUAUAAAAUCCUUCUUUAAGAUUAAGCUUAUGAACAUGGUUCUUUUUUUUAUGUAUGUUUAUAGUCAAGUUAAGUCAUUUAUAUUCCAAACAAGUCCAGAAAUUUCAAAAAAUUGCACAAUUGCACAAGCACAAAAGUGUUUUGCCAGAAAGAGCAAAAGAAUGAUCCUCUGCAGGGGAAGAUUAAUGUAUGACCAGUUGUCUGAUUAAAUUAGCGCUCUUACACUGGCCUCUUCCACGGUCAGUAUUUCACACUUUUCCCUAAGUUACAACCACAAAGAACAGAAAAUAAAAUGCUUUAGGCCAUUGGGUUUAGAGCCCUUAACAUUUCAUUCCUGUGAUUUCAUCAUAGUGUCUAGCGUGAUUCAGAACUGCCAAGUCCAAUUGCAGUAACACUUUGUAUCACACAUACAAUCUAUGCAUUCUAAGCAUUGUAACAAUGAUCUCACCUGUAACAGUAAUCCCUUUGCUGGUUAUUGGAGUAUUAUUUCACAGCAUUAUACUUAUUCACGAAUAAGUGUUUGUAAAGUGAGACCGUAGGCACUUUCAUGGUGCAGAGAUCAAUAACAUGCGGAGUAUCAAGUUGCAGAAUUACAUUCCCUGCUUUUUAUUUAAAGUUCUUCUCUUAAGGUAUCCUAGCUGUUGGAGUGCAUGUUAUAUAUGAGUUAAUGUACCUGCUAUAUGAAAACCAGGUGACAGUUAUGUUUAGAUACAGAUUCAUAGUUUCAUUUUCAUGGCUCUGUCGUAACUUGACCCACACUGCCACUGCCUUCUCUGGCUGCUUGCCAGGGGUCAGCUGUAGUGUUACCUCCUUCUACAUGACUCACUGAGUCCAGCGAUAGAGCAGGUUAAUGUUUAAUGUCUGCUCACUGGUCAUGGAUGAUGUCUCUGCUUUCAGCUCCUAGACACACUUUCUAAGAGUGCUAAUUCAAUUUUAUCCCAUUAAAUUUUCUCAGUAUAGAGCUGCCAAACAGUAAUGGUGAAGUUAAAGCAAUGCAUCAGGUUUUUUGAAUUUAUUAUUUUUAAGUAGCCUAAUUAGUUAAAUCAGACUCUGUACCAUAAUUAAUGUUACAUCAGAGAGAGAGAGAGAGAGAGAGAGAGAGAGAGAGAGAGAGGAAACUUGAUCUGGGACAUCCUAUUGUAAAACUAAGCCACUGAAAAUAGGAGCGCAAGUUUCUUGAAUUUAAUUUGUUUCGAGUACUAGUUGAAGGGUGUUGAUGGGAGAACACAGCCAAUUGAAAGGUUUCUGUCUUAUCCACAGUUUUUUUUAUCUUUCUUUAUUAACCCUUUAUGGUAUGUGUUAUGUUGUAAUUAUGGAAUUUGUUCAAAAAUUAUUUUUACAUAAAGAUCAAUUAUUGGGGUGGG